AUGGGCUCCGUGGGGUCACGCCUCCGGGCGGGCGGGACGCGGUUCUGCGGCCUCGCGCCCGGCACGGGCAGGGUCGGAGCCGGCCAGAUUUCCCCGCCGCUGGACGCGCAGGGACCGACCCGCCGGGCACCCAGCAUGGCCAUCAAGACACUCUGUCUGCCUCUGGUGUGGCUGGUGGCCACAGCCACGGUCACUGUCACCCCGGUGCUCGCUCUGGAGGCCCCUUCCAGCUGGACGCCACUGCUUGGGGAGCCCCCGACACCGCCUGUGCCCCCUGUGCCCCCUGCUCGCACCCCGGCUCCCUCGCAGGACGUGGGGACCCCCAGCGCUCACCCCGAGGGGCUGCCGGGCUGGGGUGUCACAGAUGUGACAGCGCCGGAGGGGGCACUGGAGGAGCUGGACACUGCAGCCUAUGGCUGGGGUAUCACAGAUGUCCCCACCCCCAGCCCCGCAGCGCCGGAGGGGGCACUGGAGGAGCUGGACACUGCAGCCUAUGGCUGGAGUGUCACAGAUGUCCCCAGCCCCACAGCGACAGACGAGGCGCUGGAGGAGCCGGACCCCAUUGGCACCACGGCAGCGCCCCCGCCCGGCACCAGCGCCCCGCCGUGCCCUGGGGACGAGGAGCCUCCCGACGCCUGCGGGGAGCCCACGGGGGAGCAGCGGGCCGCCGUGGCCGAGGCUCUGGGCACCUUCGCCCUCCGCUUCUACCAGCGCAUGGCAGACGAGGCCGGGCCCGACGCCAACCUGCUCUUCUCCCCCAUCACCGUCGCCACGGGGCUCUCGCACCUGCUGCUGGGCGCCCGCGGAGAAACGCAGGAGCGUCUGGCCGCCCUCCUGGCGUACCCGCCGGGGCUGCGCUGCGUGCACGGCGCCCUGCAGCAGCUGGCCGGCACGCCAGGCCUCUUCUCGGCCGCCCAGAUCUUCCACAACCCAGAGCUGCAGCUCCGGCCCCGCUUCCUCAACGACUCCCUGCGCUUCUACGGCGCCCGCCCGUACGCCCUGAGCGGCAACGAGAGCCUGGACCUGCAGCGCAUCAACGCCUGGGUGCGGGAGGCCAGCCAGGGGCUGCUGCCCUCGCUGCUCUCCGCGCUGCCCCCCGAGCCCAGCCUGCUGCUGCUCAGCGCCGUCCACCUGCGCGCCGCCUGGCGCACGCCGCUGGACCGCGAGAAGACGGUGCUGCUGCCCUUCCUGCGGCCCGGGCAGCGCCCCCGCAAGGUGCCCACCAUGACCAGCGCCAAGUACCCCGUGGCCUCCUUCAGCGACUCCCGCCUGCGGGUCCAGGUGGGGCGGCUGGAGCUGCACGGGGGGCUGAGCCUCGUGGUGCUGAUGCCGCGGGAGCCGCUGGAGCCCCUGGAGAGCCUGGAGCGGGCGCUGGACCCCGCCACCUUCCUGGCGCUGCUGCGGCGGGCGGCCCGCACCCCGCCCCGGGCCACCGCGCUGUCCCUGCCCCGCCUGCGCCUCGACCUCGCCCUGGACGUGGUGCCUCUGCUCCACGACAUGGAUUUCGGGCUGUUCCUGGACGCGGAGCUGUGCGGGCUGGCGCGGGGCCCGGCCGCGGUGGACACGGCGCGGCACCGGGCGGUGCUGGCGCUGGACGAGGCCGGCGUGGAGGCGGCGGCGGCCAUGGCCACCUCGGUGGCGCGCUCGGCCCUGGUGCUGGAGGCCCUGCGCCCCUUCCUCUUCGUCCUCUGGCACAACAGCGGCGACUUCCCCGUCUUUAUGGGCCGUCUCAGCGACCCGCAGCCCUGACUCUGCUCCUCCUGUGCCUGUCAUCCCUCCUGCCAUCCCUCCAUCCUUCCCUCCCGCCUCCUCCUCCCUCCAUCCCUGCCUCCUCCUCUCCCUGCUUCCCUCCUUCCCUCUC